GGCUACCACCAGAAGCAGAAAGCCCAGAGUAAACCACAUGCUGGGCAGAGUCAUGGUGGUGAAGAAGAAGACAGCCAAAGUAGAGGCUGUUGUUUUGGACGAGGAGAAUCUGCACAAGCUCAUAGCAUCUCUCUCUUUGGAUGGAGGAGAAGAUGGAGUCAGGCAGGUUGCCCAGACCUUACAAUCCUGUUUGAAGCUGACAGAGCCAGUGCAGCAGAUCCAGCUGGUUAAAAAGGCAGGGUCCCAGCUGGAGGCACUGAGUGAAGAGCAGCCUGAUGGAGCUCUCUUAGAGGCCUGUCUACACACCCUGGCUCUGGUCUACACCUCCCUGCAGGCCAAGAACCCUCUACGACGGGCCAUUGCCAGUACCCUGGGUUCAGUACCAGCCUGGCUUCAGGAGCGGACUGUAGCCUGUCUGUCUGCCUGCCUGUCUGACUGUCUGUCCAACCCAGCUUCAGACCAAUAUCCUCACAUAGUAGACACCAUCGCUGCCUGCGCAGAUGGCUUCCCUCUCGGUGAGAGAUGCAUCAACAAACUGCUGCCAGAAGUGCUGCAGUUCCUUCACAAAGGACUUAGUGAAUACCUUCACCAGAACAGUGGUCUGGUAGGCCGUCACAUAGCUCAGGCCCAGCUGAUGCAUCACUGUCUGACGGUGGUGAAGACGUCCAUGCUGGUGAUUCAGAGAUCUCAGGAGACCAUCAGUGCUGCCCUGCAGGCUGCUCAGGAUCACUGCAAGCUGGAGGACACACUAAGCAGCCUGCUGAGCUGCUACACACACAUCCUCACUGACGAGGAGUUCAUCCAGGCAGUCCAGAGCACCGCCGGCAUGGCUGUAGUCUUGUUAAUCAGGUCUGUCAUGGGUUCUGGAGAUGAAGUUGCUUCUGUGGUGUGCAGUUUGCUGUGCGGCUCAGCGCAGGGUUUGGGGUCGGCAGCUCAGUGGCUCAAGCAGAGGUGUGAGGGUCUGUGUACCAGUAGUCGCCCACCGGGUGUCUCUCUGUAUCUGUGUCAUGGGGCUCUGGCCAUGUUGAGCUGGAAGGGGGCCCUACCAGGGCCACAGUGGGAAAAACUGCUGCUGUUGGUCCCAAACACACUGCUGGAUUUAGAUGUCAGUAUAAAGGAGUCCAGUACAGCUAUGGUAGUGGCUCGGGUGUUGACCCUGUGGAGUGGAGCUGCCUUGGACUGCCUGCAGGGGGAGACGCAGCCCUGCCCUCCCAGCCUCCAGCAGUCACUUAGUGGAGGUUCUGAUCUCCAGCGACACCUCCUGGAGCAUAUCUACUCCCACUGGGAACACCCACUAGAUGGAGUACGCCACCAAACCCGCUCCCUGUUCCGCAACCUCCUCCUCCUCCAUCAGCACACCAACCUGUCGACCUCUGACCCAACCAAGGACCCUUACAUCACAGAGCUCACCCAAAGCUUGCUGCGACUGGAGUGGCACAUGAGGGGAAAGUACGGCUCAUUAGGCUGCCUUGUGGAGCUGCAUGGCGCGGGGUACCUGCUUGAGAUCCAACCACAGCUGCCUUCAUGUCUCCUGGGAUUGAUGGGUGACCAGACCCUGGCUCCGUAUGCCAGCGACCUGCUGGAGAGGCUGUUUGUUAGCCACAAGGCGCAGCUAGCUGCUGAAGCCAGCGCAGCAGGCAAGACAGCCACAGAGGACUGGAUGGAGCGUUGGCACCAAACAUGGGUCACCCCCUUGCUACAGGUGCUGUGCCGUGCUAGACUGGACCAGACCACUUACAUCCUGGACUAUUUCCUGCCCAAGCUGCUUCGCUGCAGCCCCUCCAGUCUGGCACACAUGGUGCAGGCCUUGCAAGACACACCGCCCUGCAGCUCAGGUCCUUCAGGCAGCAGGGGUGCGCUGGGGGCUCUGAUGACGUGCCUGCGGGCAGCCAGGGCUCAGGGUGUUGUAUUGUCUUCAGAGGAAGGUCUGUGGGGAGGACUGGUGCCCCUCUCCCUGCUCCAACAAGCACUGGUACACAAACAUGAUCAAGUAAGGAUGGAUGCUUUGGGCUUGGUGUGUGAGAGCCAUCGCAGCACUGAGGUUCUGACCUCACAGGAAAUGGACCUUAUCCGCCACUUCCUGCUACCCAAUCUCAACAGCCAAUCACCAGGUGUCAGACAGCAGACAGUCAGCCUGAUGAAGAAGUUGCUUUGUAGAGUGAAGGACAGCACUCAGCUGCUGCAGAAGAGACGGAGCCAGGAGAGAGAGCAGCAGCAGAGAGACAGAGACCAACACACGCUACAUCUGUACAAGGAAUUCCUGCGCUGGCUGUGUGUGAGGCUGUUGGAAGUUUUGCUUCCUGGAGCUUCCUUCUCUAAGUGCCUCAUGUCCCUCCACCUGCUGGGUCUACUGGGCCAGCUCUUCACCUUCAGCACCGGGUCUGAUGGGUUUGCCCUGGGUGAAGUUGUGACCUCCACCCACGCUCAGAAUGUCCUCUACUGUGUAGCCAGCAACUUCCUGGAAGUCAAACAACUGGCCUCCACGCUGCUACGGCAGCUCCCUCCAUCAGCUGUGGGACUACAGGUGCCGGAGAGGAUGCGUCGUGUUCUUCAGGCUGCUCUGGACCUCAGCACCAGCACCAAACCCUUUGACAGCGUCACAGCAGCCCACCUGCUCCACCUGCUGCUCCACCAGCCGGACCUGAUCCAGGCAUUGCUACACUGUGCCCAGGAGCAGGGCGUCGAUUUCCAGCCUACGUCCUUACCCCCUCAGGCCUCUGAGGCCGUCACCUUGGAGCUCAACACACUGGCUGUGAUUCAGUUCUUGCUGCGCUGUCUGCAGUCGGAGGUGUCGAGGGCUGAGUCGUCUCUCUUGCAGGCAGCUGCUUCCUAUCCUCUCUACGGCAGAGCCCACUGCAUCACUGCUGUCCUGCAGCAUCUGGACACAGAGAGUUUGAGCCACACUGAGCAGUGGAGGUGUCUGGUGUCGGAGCUGAUUGCGAUGUGCUACAGGAUGUCUGAUGUGGUCUCCCCUGUAGUUCAGAGCUCCUCUCCAGAAGGACUAAUCCCCAUGGAUACUGACUCAGAUACUUCAGCAGGACUGCAGAAGAUCUUGCAGGAGAUUCAGCCCAGAGACACCAAUGAUUUCUUCAACAAUGCCAGAGAGCUGGACACACAUGACGGAGAUGAUGACGCACAAACCCAGACCACACACACACCGUCACUAGAUACAGGAGGUGAAGGCUACAGGGUGACAGCCCAGAUGGUGCUGGUAUGUUGCUGGCGGAGCAUGAAGGAAGUAGCCAUGCUGCUCGGACAGCUGUGUCAGAGCCUGCCUCUGCACUACACCAACGACAACGCACGCACACACCCCGGGCUCAUCAGAGAGGAACAGGUGGAGGGUGUAGGCCUGUACUUCCGUCAGCAGCUCCUGCAGUCCCGUCAUCGUGGCGCCUUUGAACUGGCUUAUGUGGGCUUUGUACGCCUCACCGACAUGCUGUGCAGGAGUGGAAGUCAGGCCCUGCAGCAGCUUCCGGCCCACUGGCUGUCGGAGGUUCUUGAAGAGGUCAAAUCCAGCGACCCGUCGUCCAAACUGUGUGCCACACGACGCAGCGCUGGAAUCCCCUUUUAUAUUCAGGCUCUGCUCUCCUCUGAGCCCAAGUCGUCCAGUUGCAGUCUGCUGAAGAUGACCAUGAGAGAGCUGAUCGCUCUGGCCAUGCCCUCCACUGACAGGAACACCGACAGCUCCACCGUGCCUCAGGUCCAUGCUCUGAACAUCCUGAGGGCUCUGUACAGGGACACUCGCCUGGGGGAAAACAUCAUUCCCUUCGUCUCUGAUGGAAUGCAGGCUGCUGUACUCGGCUUCACCUCUCCUGUCUGGGCAGUGAGGAACUCCUCCACUCUCCUCUUCAGCACUCUGAUCACAAGGAUCUUUGGAGUGAAGAAAGGGAAGGAUGAGCACUCGAAAAAGAACAGGAUGACAGGCCGAGAGUUUUUCACUCGUUUCCCAGCUCUCUACCCGUUCCUUCUGAACCAGCUGGAGGAAGCAGCCGCCACAGUGGAAAGUGACAGCGGUCAGGUGAAGCUUCACCCCAGUCUGUUCCUGUUGCUGCUGGUGCUCAGUCGACUCUACCCUUCUCCAAUGGACGGGUCUUCUUCACCUCUGGGACUCGCCCCUUUCAUGCCCUUCAUCAUCAGAUGCGGUCGUUCAGCUGUGUACCGGACCAGAGAGAUGGCGGCUCGGGCCCUGGUUCCCUUCGUACUGGUCACUCAGGUCCCGUCCACCGUUCACUCCUUGCUGCAGGAACUUCCUCCAGAGCCCGGACCCAAAAUCCAACACAAUCACAUCCAUGGGACUCUGCUGCAGGUGCUGUUUCUACUGCGCUCCUACCAGACUGACUCACACAGACCCCUGCCAGCAGGAAAUGGCAUCGGCAAAGCCCUCCGUCAGCGCAUGUGGCUCGCUUCUCGACAGAAUAGCUGUGUGGUGACCAGAGGAGCCUGUCUGGAUGUUCUGGUCUGCCUGUGUGGGCCAAAGAUCAGUCUUCUGGAAGAUUCAGAGGUCAGCGAGCUCCGUCGGGAGGCUCUGUCCGUCCUGAUGUCCUCAGACCUGGUCACGUCCGACACCUCCUCAGCCACCCCGGCGCCCGGCAGCACCCAGUACCUGCUCAGCCUGGCUCGGGUGGCCCUCAGCGCCAGCGUGGAGAUCCCAGAGCUCUGGGGGGGCCCUCAGCUCACGACCCAGCUCCUUCAGUGUCUGCUGCAGUGCCCGCAGUACGAGGUGCGGGAGCUGGCACUGGAGGGGGUCCUGAAGAGGCUGCAGCAGCAGGAGGAGGAGGAGGAAGAGGAAGGGAAGAGGAGACCUCCGUGGCUGGACGAGACCACCCUGUCUAACCUGACCAGCCUGGCCCUUCACGAGACACACCCCCAGUGUCUGGCCAAGGUCCUCCAGGUGUUGUCUGUGUUGACCUCCAGCAGUGAGCUCCUCUGGAGGGACGGUGUUCGGAUUUUGUCCAAAGAGGAGGUCCUGCUGCACCUCCUCAGUCUGGCUCAGAACUCUGUUCACAGUGUGGAGCUGCACUGUGCUGCCCUGACCCUGGCCUCUCAACUGGUGGUUCAGCUGGUGACCUCUGACCCUAAGGGUGCGAGUGCAGUGGCUUGCUUAUCUCAGUGGGGGGCGCUGGUGUGUUCGUGCUGCAGCGAGGAGCAGCCGGUGGAGGUGAAGCUGAUGGCCACCAAGGUGUUGGUCAACUGUACGGACACUCUGCUGACCAGCUGUGACCUGCCACUGGGUCUGGCCAGCACAGUGCCCCUGUGGAGGAGUCUGUUGACGUUGCUGCAGGAUGAAGACCAGGAAGUCAGAGAUUCGGCCUCUGACUUCAUCUCUAAUGUACCAGUUCAUCUGCUGAGUACAGAGUCAAGUAUCUGAGGUGUUAGCUGCUUCAGAGGGAGGCAACGACUCCUGGCCCUUUGAUAUGGAGGACAGACAGAGACGGGUUCUGCAACACACACACACCUCAUCCCCCUUUAAAAAGAAGAAACAUUUAAAUUUAAAAUUGAAUUUAGAUGUUAGACUUGUCAUUGUGGAUUAUAGUCUUGCUGAAUGAGUCAGCUAAACAAGGACUUUUAUGCAACUGAAAAUUAAAACACAUGUAUGGGAUGUACUGUAUAUUCCAUAUGAUUAUUUUGUUUCACUUGCAAAAACAUGUAAUAACAAGUAUUCAUUCUUUAUUAAAUGUUAAGAGUAGGACUUACUUUGCCUUUUAAUAAAGUAUAUAUGCUUUGCAAACUUACAUUUUAGUGUAGAUUUUAGACCAGAUAUCAUUCAAAUAAACCUGUUUUGUGUGUGGGAGAGAAAUUUGUGCAGAUUCACAUCAGGUUAGAUGAGGCUCUUCUUCCCAGAGCUGUGAACCACAGUGGAGCCAUUGUCCUGGGCAGGAAGAGCAAAUCUAAUUUAACCCUAUCCCACCCUGCAACACCCCCACACUCCCUCCACCCCCGGCCAGCAUCACCACCACCACCACCCAAAUACCUCUAGACUAAUUGGGUCUGAAAUCAAACUCCACUCACCCUCACUGGACCUCCGGCACUGUGACAGCGUCAGGGCUGGAACAGAGGGAUCACUUUAUAUAUAGAGCACAGAGGGGUUUGGAUUGAACGACCGUGUAUGAGAGGGCAUUUUUAGAGAUGCGAUUGAGAACACAAACAGCAAUCCUCAACUAAAAGUAAAGUUGUGAUUCCAGGAAAAUUGUAAAAACCACAAAGUAUGAUUCUAUAGCAGAUUUAAAAAAAGGGACUUUACCUUAAAUUUUCUGUCAUUCUAAAUACUGUAUUCUGAGUCUGGCAUGGCAAAACAUAAGUACUAAAUGACUAGCCUUCUAUAAAUAUAUAAUUUAUGUGGGAAUCUGUUUCACCAACCAUUCUGAAGUAAUGUUGAACACUCAAACUCUGCUGACUCGCCCAUAUUUUCCAGGCCAUUGUCAGUCAACCAUUAUCAACCAACUCGCCCCGAGUAACCUACUUUGCUUACUGUGCAGCUAAACAAAUGCCUUUGCAGAAUAUGCCAUUCAUGUGUCCUUUCCCCCAGUUCAUUCAUUUACAGUGGAUGACGCAGACGAAUGGAAGUGAGCGACCUAACAGAGCUGAAGGACACUCAUUAAACAGACCUCGUCCUAUUUUAGCACAAUGCUCACUCAACCAAUAAACCACUGUCACAUGUCAAUCACUUGAGCAGAAAAGAUUCAAAACACAUAAACUGUAUUUGAUUUGCAGCUUUAACAUUUAAUCUGGAAUAAAUAAGCUGUUAUUUCCCCCUCCAGUGCUACUUUCUCCGUCUUUUACUCUAAAGGCUACGUGGGGAAUGAGAUUCUAAUGAUUUGGUCGCUGGCGUGAAAUAAAGUCACGUCUCCAGUUAUGUCUGGUGUCUGCAGGCGGUGUUAAACACUGUGUUCUUUGCAUUCUACAGCACUGGGCCGUGAGACUUGAUGUGUUUUGAAGAUAAAAUACAAUGCAGAAUAGCUUAGUGUGGGAAUUUCACAAACUGCAUGAAACCAUUGGCCUCAUUAUGCAUCCUCUGUUGCUGUGAAACAGUUGUUAACAGUAUUCUAACCAGAUCAAGAUCUAACUGUAGCUGCAGGUCAACAGUAAUGUUCACUGUAACCUUCACGCAGUGCAUGUAAGCGGGUGACAGUCAGCCUUCCCCAGUAAACUGAGUUCUUAAGUGUCAUGUAAAUGAUAAACCUGGGUAGGGGAUUAGAGAAACCUGAUUUCUUCACGUAGAUUUCUCCUGGACAAUGCUGACUUCUCUGCCAUGUUUACAUGUCACUGCAUUUCUACUUUCACAAGUAUGCAUGUGCAUGACAAAAGUCUGCAGAGAGAGAAAGCACAGCGGAGCGACUGGAUGAAAGGGGAGAUCAUUACACGGAACGAUGCGUCCUCGUAUUUAAAAUAAUUCCAUCCAAAGUCAAACUAAAAUGGAAACUAACACAAAGUAGCAUGCAGAAAUCUAAAUAGUCCAUUUCCACUGCUGAACAGAAAGCAGCGUCUUCUAUCACAGAUAGUUAAAAUCAGUAAGUCAUGUUUCCAAAAUAAGGUCAGUGCAGAGGAGAAAUACUAAUCUGCUGCAUGUAUACGUGGAUUUACAGUAAUCUGCCUACUUAACUGCAUAAACACAUAGAUGGAGUACCAGUGAGCUUUACUUCAUCAGGAUAGUUCAGAGUCAGGAAUUUCAGGAAAGUAGAACAAAUUGAUUGUGUUACACAAAUGUGAUGACAACUCAACAUGUUGGUCUCUAUAUAAUAAUAAGCACCAGAGUCAAUUUUACAUCAAAUUCUCAACGUCAAUCUUACUAAGUUGGAUCUAAUAAGAUUUCCCUAACUUCUUGUCAUUCUAUGCUCCAGCGCUAUCAGACUUUAUAAAAUAGGCAGUAGAAUGAAUUAUGUAAUGAAUGAUGAAAUAGAUGCAAUCUGUGAGAGGAUUUACUGUUAGAAGAGGAUGUUUAUUAAGGCUUCAGAAGAGGCACACAUAAUGCACUGUGGAAACAAAUUUCCCCAUGGGGAUGAUAAACAUAUCUAAAUAUCGAUUUAUCUAUAUUCAAUGUCUGAAAGGGGCCAUAAACAUAAGUUGUUGGUCACAGAGCAGGGCACUUUAUUGCAAAACUAGAAUAGAACUUUAUUGGCGUUCUUUGUAUCAUCUCAAAUGCAAACAAUGAUAUUUUGAAAAACCUGCAGAGAACAAACAGGCAAAGAACCUACUUUUACCAAUAUGACCUGCCAGAGUCUACAGACAGUUACCUGUAGAUCCUCUUUGACUUAUAGCUGCACAGCUUUGUGUCAAAUCACUACAGGUGAUGCUGGUGUUUCUUCAGAUUUACAGAUCUACAGUAACAGGAGCCUGUGUUUGGCUCCCUGUUGAGACAACCAUUGACUUGUAUUUGAUCCACUGACUGCAGCAGCUUUAUUACAAACGCUGCCACGGUGAGUUCAGACCACCGGUGUAUUCUUAAACCAUUAUUUUUAUGGUAAUUCUCAUCAUUUUCAUGUUAAUGUUUCCUGUUGGUGUCAUCGUUGUUGUUGCAUUUGGUCUCCACACUCCCUGUUUCUCGUCAGCCACCAGAGGAAGUAAGGGCUAUAAAGAGUGUGUUUUUAUUUCACACCUCUCUGAGUCUCGCACCUAUGCUUCCUGAUGUCUCGGCUCCACUGUCGCGUCUCUUCUCUCUGAUACUGCAUUAGGAAGACGGUGUCUCUUUGAGCUCGUGAGAAGAUUGACGUUGUGGUCGUUUUGCUGCUGUCUGGUGAAAUCUUUGUCUUUGUACUCAGAUUCACCAAGAUGCACUUUUAAGCUUAAUGAACAGGUUUUCGGUCUUAAGGGGAACUUAGAGGAAGUCAUCCCCCUUAGAUGUGAGUGGCUGAGUUGAGGAAUGGACUCUACACUACAGUGAUCAUGAUGACACCAGCAGGGAAUGGAAAGCGUUUGGAAUUUCUCUCAUUUCACUGUCCUGAAAGCCCGCCUGAAACCCCCCACCCACUCCUCCUCCUCCUUCACUCAAUGGAACAUCUGACACCCCCCCCAGCUGCAGUGGCUCAGCGAGGAUUUACUGAACAGCAAAAGUCCGUUAAGUCUCUCUUAAUGCAAUUCGGCACCUUUAAUGGCUCGACUGCUGAUCAGACACAAUAUGGCUGCAGCCGUGUGUAAAAUGUGAGUGAUUGAAGACCAGCAAACAAGGGUUUAUUGACAUUGACCAUGUUUUUAUGCUGCAUGAUGUGGAUUGAAAACAUAAUAAUUCACUAACAUAUAAUCACAGAUGGUUGUGCUAGUGUCAAACAAAAUUGCGAACAUUCAGUGGUACAAACAAUCUUACAUUUUCUUUUCUAAUAAAAUUACUUAACAUGAAUCGGUACAAUGUACAAUCAGUUUAUUUUACUGCAUGUGAGACAGAAUAGAGCGAGUUCUCUUCUUCUAUUGUCACAAAAAAAAGUUUUAAAUUAGUUCCAGGCUGAUUCUUAAAGUAUAGCUUCACUGGUUUUCAGGUCUAUCUUAAAACAAUACUGGCACGCCCAUAUUGAUGGCUGUAAUCAUUGCUCCUGUCUGUAUUGGCUGUGAAGAGAUCCUUUAAUGCAAUUCUCCUGAAAGUGAUGAGCGGUGAAAUCCAGAUUUGCCAAUUCAGAGUUGAAAUGCUUUCUAAAGUUAAGUCGAAGCAAACACGAGGUUUCAAUCGAGUGGGUAUUUUUUCAAAGUUGACGUCUUUUUAAAUGGGAAAUUCCCACCUGAAUAGCUCCAUCUGUGCAUACCAAAAAGUAUCAGUGUCUGACAAUCACACAAUCAUAAUAACAAAAGUAUUUAAAUCAAAAUGUAAAAUGAUUUUCCACAGAUUAAUACUUUUUUUCUUUUUUUAUUGAGACAAUUAAUAUAUACAACGCACAACAUAUAUUAUUUACAUGCCUACAUACAUGUACGCACAUGUAUCUGGGGUUCACAUGUAAUGUGGCCAAAACCGUCCCCUGGCCACCAGUCUAAACACGACAUGGGACUUACAAAUGAACCAAUUUAAUAUUCCAAAUACCAUAACACAUUCACAUAUACAAUACACACACACAUCCACACACACACAUACACAAAUGUAGUUGAAUUAAACCAGAAUAUGUACAGAGGUAGGUGAAUGGGCUUUAACAACUAAAUAAACGACCAAAAGGAAAA